AUGUCUGCUCCACCACCGCCUCCGCAGCAACCAUCAGGCCAGCAGUCGCAACCCACACAACAUGCCACACCACAGCAUGCUCAGCAUCAAGCAUCGCCGCCCUCUACGAGCCAACAAGGAGCUUCGGCUCCAAGCUUCAGGAGACAACGCGCUUCGAGAGCUUGCGAGACUUGCCACGCGCGAAAGGUGCGCUGCGAUGCCGCUAGUCUCGGUGUGCCUUGCACCAACUGUGUCGCCUUCAAUAUCGAGUGCAAGAUCCCCUCUCCCAAACGAAAGAAGACAUCCUCCAAGCAGAAAGAAUCCAACAGGUGCGCUGUCCGCCUGCCGACUGAAGACGCGUCUAACUUUGUUGGCAGUGACCGCGAAGACAGCAGCAGCAUAGUCCAGCCUUCGCCUGCCACUAACGACAUUGCUGCACGAUCCGAUGCCGUCAGUCAGGCCCCGAUGCCUAUGCCUCAGCUACCUCCUCGGAACGGUGUCGACUACUCCACCGCUACUGGCAUGCCGCCCACCACACUCUCGGAGAAAUACCAAGAACAACAGCAGAUCCAUGAUGCCACCUGGAGUCAGUACAUGAAGCCCAAGUUCGCUCGCGCUCCUAUCAAAGAGGCUGGACGUGUCGCAUACUUGGGCGAGUCAUCCAAUCUCUCUAUACUUGUCCAAGACAAACACGGCGAUCCGGAUACCGUGCACUAUCCUCUACCUGAGAAUGUGCGUGGUCCCCGGGCACGCAUGAACGAACUUGACGAGCUCGAACUGCGCAUUCUGCACGAGCGAGGAGCGUUCUUGCUUCCCCCACGCCAAUUGUGCGACGAGCUGGUCGAUGCUUUCUUUACCUGGAUUGCCCCGGUCGUACCUGUGAUUGAUCGCAACAAGUUUAUGCGUCGCUAUAGAGACCCCAAAAAUCCUCCAUCGCUACUCCUGCUGCAGGCCAUUCUUCUGGCUGGGUCACGCGUGUGCACGAAUCCACAACUCAUGGAUGCCAAUGGUUCUACGACGCCAGCUGCCAUGACCUUCUACAAACGAGCCAAGGCCUUAUUUGAUGCCAGCUACGAAGAUGAUCGCAUUACCAUUGUACAAGCUGUCAUUCUGAUGGGCUGGUAUUGGGAGGGCCCAGAGGGUAAGAUGCGAGACAGAUUCCACAUCACCAGUGAAUCUGACAUUGCUUCAGAUGUGACCAAAAACGUGUUCUAUUGGAGCAGAGUUGCUGUCGUGAUUGCUCAAGGUUCUGGAAUGCACAGAAGUGUCGAAAAGUCCCAGCUGAGCCAACAGGACAAGCGUCUCUGGAAGCGCAUCUGGUGGACGCUAUUCACGCGAGAUCGCUCAGUGGCCGUCGCUCUCGGUCGCCCUUGCGGAAUCAAUAUUGAAGACUCGGAUGUCGAGAUGAUAUCCGAAGACGACUUUAUUGAGGAUGAAACAGAUGCAACGCCUGAAUAUCCUCUGAACCCGGUACACAUCCAGUUCUUUCUGAAUUACGUCAAACUAUGCGAGAUCAUGGGCCUAGUUCUUUCACAGAAUUACUCGGUCGCUUCGCAAAGACGCGGCCGUAAUAAUGCGAUUGACCUGACUCAUUGUGAUAUGGCUCUGGCUGAUUGGCUUCAAAACUGCCCCAAGGAAGUAUAUUGGGAGAAGAGUCGACACCAUUUCUGGUCUGCUCUUCUUCACUCCAAUUACUACACCACACUUUGUCUUCUGCAUCGCGCUCACAUGCCUCCGGCUGGUUCAUCAGAUGUGAAUCGGUUAAAUGGGUUUCCGGAAGACAUGGCCUAUCCAUCCAAGAACAUUGCUUUUCAGGCAGCCGGCAUGAUCACUUCCAUAAUCGAGGCCCUGACUGACCACAAUGAGCUUCGAUUCACGCCUGCCUUCAUUGUCUAUUCUCUCUUCUCUGCCCUCAUCAUGCAUGUCUACCAAAUGCGGUCGUCCAACCUUUCCAUUGUCCAUAUCACCCGGCAGCGCUUGACAACUUGCAUGGACGCACUCAAAGACGUGUCUCGAGUUUGGCUCGUAGCCAAGAUGGUAUACACUCUCUUCGACUCUAUCCUCGGCAAUAAGGUGCUGGAAGAGCGUUUGCAAAAGGCUGCCGGCAAACGUCAUGCAAAGUCCAAGAAUCCGCAGUCCACCAAGAAUCCGUUAUCACGCAGCAACAGCGAUUUACAGAAGCGCAAGUUCGAUGAAAUGGAGUUUGGCUACACUGGCGGUCCACCAGCUGCCCAGAUGUCCUAUGAACGCUCAAGACCGCAAUCUCCUGUCAAUCCUCCUCGAGACCCUCAGUCAAUAUCAGGACUUCCAGGCCCUAAUGCAAGCCCUUCACUGCGUCAAGACGCCUUCAUGGGCACGUCCCGAGCCAACACGCGCCCUACCACGCCGUUCAAUACCUACUCUUAUCCUGGAACACCUCCAGACCUCUUCCUUCACACUCGUACAUCUCCGAAUAUCUCUCAAGACUUAUGGCAAAACUAUCAACCAGAUCAGCUGUUCCCACCAGACACUACUGGCAUCUUCCCGAACGAGAGUCCUGUACAGCAACCAGCAUUGGUAGAUCCAGCUUUACCAGGGCCAACAGGAGCACCUCCACAACAAGCCUACGCGAACACAGCUCAACAGCCGCCUCAUUAUCAGCAACCAACUACAGCAGUAGGACUUGGAAAUGAUAUGAUGGACGCUGGUUCAACACAACAGCAGCAGCAGUACCCUAGCCACCAACAUCUACAAAACGCAUACGGACAAAUGCCAGGUAACGGUGAUCAUAGUCGAACAAGCAUGGAUGAUACAUGGAGUACCAACAGUGGAUCUACUGGAGGUGGUCCCAUCGUGCCAACCACGUUGAACGUCGGCGACUGGUUCGAAUUCUUUGGCAUUCCCAACGGAGACAUAUCGGCAUUGCAUGCGCAACAAUAUUAA